UUUUCUCUACUAUUAUUCUAGUCUCUGGUGGACAUUGUUGGUAAGAUACAGCACAUGUCCAACACUGGCAAACCAAGCUGUACUAUCAAGAAGGACUGUACCAUCAUCUCUGGACAAGGAGGGGUGGUGAAGGUCGAAAAACCUUUUGAUGCCAUGAACAACAUUGUGGCCAAUCUACUUCUUAAUAUCACCAGUUCAGCACGUUUUGAGGGCUCUCUCAACAUGGAUCUGAAUGAGAUCCCCAUGAACCUGGUACCGUUCCCGCGUUUACAUUACCUCGUGCCCAGUCUAACUCCUCUCUACACACUUGCAGAUGUCAACGUACCACCACGCAGGCUGGAUCAGAUGUUCUCAGAUGCAUUCAGCAAGGAUCAUCAGCUGAUCAGAGCCGACCCCAAACACAACCUGUAUCUGGCCUGUGCUCUUAUGCUGCGUGGAAACGUUCAGAUGUCAGAUCUGCGCCGGAAUAUUGAGCGGCUAAAGCCCACCCUGCCAUUUGUCCCAUGGAAUCAGGAGGGAUGGAAGACUAGCCUGUGUUCAGUCCCUCCUGUGUGUCACUCACAUUCCCUGUUGGCCUUGGCCAACAACACAUGUGUGAAAUCUACCUUUCUUGAACUAAGGGAACGUUUUGUGAAACUCUACCGUAGGAAGGCUCACUUGCAUCAUUAUCUAGCAGUGGAUGGCAUGGAGUUGGCUGGAUUUAAUGAGGCACUAUCAUCUAUCUCAGAUCUUAUUGAAGACUACACACACCUGGAACACCCUCUCAUGCCCAACGCACCCAGACUCGCCAUCGCCACCUGAACUAUUCUAGCAAAGACCCUUUCAAGCUCUGAGAACAUGUCGUCGUCACCGUUACACUUCCUCUGACACACACAAGACGUGAUCCACUGCAUCUUCCAGCGUACGUUAGAU